UACCUCUUCAAAGUUGUCCUUAUUGGAGAUUCUGGUGUUGGAAAGAGUAAUCUCCUGUCUCGAUUUACCCGAAAUGAGUUUAAUCUGGAGAGCAAGAGCACCAUUGGAGUAGAGUUUGCAACAAGAAGCAUCCAAGUUGAUGGGAAAACAAUAAAGGCACAGAUAUGGGACACAGCAGGACAAGAGCGAUACCGAGCUAUAACAUCAGCGUACUAUCGUGGAGCUGUAGGUGCCUUACUGGUUUAUGACAUUGCUAAACAUCUCACGUAUGAAAAUGUAGAGCGAUGGCUGAAAGAACUGAGAGAUCAUGCUGAUAGUAACAUUGUUAUCAUGCUUGUCGGCAAUAAGAGUGAUUUACGUCAUCUCAGGGCAGUUCCUACCGAUGAAGCCAGAGCUUUUGCAGAAAAGAAUGGUUUGUCAUUCAUCGAGACAUCUGCUUUAGACUCAACAAAUGUAGAAGCUGCUUUCCAGACAAUUCUAACAGAGAUAUACCGCAUUGUCUCUCAGAAGCAAAUGUCAGACAGACGUGAAAAUGACAUGUCUCCAAGCAACAAUGUGGUUCCUAUUCAUGUUCCACCAACCACUGAAAACAAGCCAAAGGUGCAGUGCUGUCAGAACAUCUAAGGCGUUUCUCUUCUCCCCUAGAAGGCUGUGUAUAGUACGUUUCCCAGGUCUGAAAUUUAAAUAUAUUUGUAAUUCCUGUGGUCAGUUUUGUGUUUUAUUACUUCUUCAUACUUAUGAAUUCUUCCAUGUCUUAAGUCUUGAUUUUAGCUUUAUAAAAUCAUCAACUUUGUCCCGAAUGACUGCAGUUUUUCUUUUUCCAUGCUAUGGCUUCACUGGCCUUAGUUUAAUAAACUGAAUGUUCAAAUUCCUCAAUUAUUGUUUACUUUUCAUCCUGGAAGCCUGUCUCUGUAGGUCAUAGUUGAACUUGAUCACUUGAAGCUCAGACCCAUUGGUCUUGAUCAAAUCACAUAAAGAAGACCUUAGAAAUAAGCUAUUAUUUUGCCACAGAGAGGCUUAGAAGUAGUACACUCUUCUCUCAGUGCAAUGUAUAUUUUGACAAAUGUAAGAGUUGCCCUAUAAACAGCAGAAUUUUGUGAAAAUUUUCCAUUAUUCUGGAAGUCAAUUCUUAAAAUGCCUUAAUAGGUUUGUGUAGUUUAGUAUAUUUUGGUUUAAUUUUUGCAAGCAUCAAAGUUGAUUAGAAAGGAGGGCACUUUCUCUGGACAAGAAUUAUCCUCAUAAACACAAAAGACUUAUGGUUUGGGUUGGCUUAUGGUUACAGAGCCAUAAGUUAAAUAGUGCUGCCUGGAAGGCUAGGAACUCGAGAGACUGGUGGAAUUCCUUCUGAAGUACCUCUGUUACAAUGAUCAGGCAGCCCAAGUCAUUUCUUUGUUUGGUACCGGGGAUCAAACUUGGGCCCUUGCUCUUGUGAGGCAGGCGCCAGAACCACUGAGCUAAAUCCCCGGGUCCCAAGUCAUUUUAACUGAUCUCAUUUCCCAGCAGUAGAUUAUAUGGCAUUUUAUUGCUCAGGCAAUAACUGGUGUAAUGCUGGUAAUGUCAAAUUUUGAGAUGGUAAUUUUGUUUAAAACCUUCCAGUAAAUGAAAUGCAACCUAGUUUUAUCACCAUAUCCACCAGUAGGCAUGGGUGAUUAUUUUAGCAAUGCUUUUAUUUGAGUUUUGCAGUGUAUAAUGGAAUAUAGUCCAGUUAAGUCUUUGGUUUUAGUAUGUCUAAAGGAUACAGUGAGAGGCUAAUUUAUGCUCAAGUGGUACCACUUAAAGGCAUGUAUUCUUUUAGUAUGUAAAGUGAAAUAGUACCUUGAGUUUAAAUAGAAUGCAUUUAAGCUUUAUAGAGACCUGAGGUAAUUUUUUUUUCCACUACAUUAUUGAAAUCAUUGGAGCAACUAGUUUCUCAUUCAGAAUUGUGCACACUAAUAUUUAGUUUUACUUCCUUGUGUGGGUAAUAUUAAGCACUUCUCUGCAGUUUUCUGAAAGUUGUCAACUGUGGUGAUUAACUUGAAGAUGAUGGGAUAUCUGAAAAAAAUAUAUAUGUGUGGGCUUGCAUAGGUUAUGUUUCAUAGUUAAUCUUCUGUGUUUGGCAGUGCUUAUGAUGUGUGGGAUACACGGAAGGCAUUGCUGUAGUCAGUCAUUUCCUAUGUAGCCAUUUUAUUGUUUUAGUGUAUUGGUUAUAAAGAUACUACUAUCUGUUUGUAAAUUGCUACUUUGUAUUUUAUGCAUGCUCUGUAACUUGAUUUGUUUUGUUUUGUUUUGUUUUUUAGUUGUUGAUUUGGAAUAUAUUCUCAUUCUAAUAAACAGUUAUAGGGGGUCUGUUCUUUAUGUUGUCAGAUUACAUUUUUCUUUGGAGUGCUUUGGAUGCAGCCCUGGAAUAUUUGAUUCUUAUUAAUGAGCACAUAGGUGCUUGCAUUAUCAAGUCAACAUUGAAUUGGAGCAUAAGUUUGUGAAUUCAGGUGUGAUGUUAGACCUGCAGUUCAAUUAUGUUUCUCUUGGGAGAAGUAAUAACAAAUAUUGGGGAAAUAGUCUCUCUUCUUCCAUAUGUAACAGUAUUACCUGACACAGGCAGUCACCAUCUCUGUUUUAUUUGAAACUGAAAGUAAGGUUUUUAGUAUUUUGCUGCUUGAUCCUGCUUUUCAGUUAUCACAACAUUGAACAUUCUCUUCACCUGUUAUAUUGCCUUGAAAAAGUCAUUUAGCCAUUGUACCUAGAUUUAAACUUACAUGUCAUUGCUCUCAAGGGCUCUCUGAUUUAUCUCUAAUAAUAGUCACUAUGUAAGGGUAAGUAAUCGUUAGACAUUUCAUUGAGUGUGCUUAAUUGUGAGAAGAGGUGGCAGCCAGUGUCUUGCCCGAGAUCUUUCAUUUCGGAAGGGUUCUACAGAAAAGUUAGAUUUUUUUUAAGAGUGGGCACAGCAGAGCUAAUUUUAUUUCUUUUGUUGUUGGGAAAAUGAAUGUCUUAAUUUUUGUCUUUGCUGACUUACAAAACAAACACUUUCAGUGGUUUAAACUAUUGUGACAAUCUCUUUCAUCUACCUUAAAAGAAAAAAGCUGUACUAUUUUUAGACAUUUUUGGCCAGCACCCCCACACACCCACACAUAAGAACCCAAAGGCUUGAGGGGAUAAUUAAGAAUUUAAUCCAACCUGUUAAUGGAUCUUUAAAUUUUUAAAUUAUUUUAACAGGAAAAUAGAAACUGAUUAUCUCAUGGCUUACACGUAUCAUAAGCCUGAAAAAAAUUCAAAACAAAAUGUGAAUUAUUUUUAGAAUCGUAUAUGACCACCAUUUGUUGUACUUUUAAAAUCAAUGAUCACAGACUGAAAAGACCCUCUUCUACCAUGUCACUUACUGGGUUAAUAGCACAAGGAGCUGUGAUACUCAUGCUAGAGAGGAGAGCGCUGUUUUCUUUGCUGGUUGGGCAGUACCCGUGCUUUCUAGGAUUAGGCAGGUCCACUUAACCUGUUCACCUGUACAGUGUGCCAGAGAAACUGGAGUUGUCAUUCUGAUGUUUUAAACAAUGGCUGUGUUCUUCCAAAACUGCAGGAGGCUGUAUGCUAAACGAUACAACAUGCUAAUAUUAUUACAUGUUGUAUGUAAGGAGAUAAUUAGAUAAGAGUAUCCAUUUUCUUGGAAAUUGAGGUGAAGAACAGAAUAUUUGAAAUAUAUUUGCAUAAUAUAUACAUUCGAUACAUAUAUUAGAAAACAUGCUAACCUAUUUGGCUUAAACAUUGAAAGUUGUAGAUUUAUUUAUUUUGGUUUUUUGAGACUGUCUCACUGUGUAGUUCAGGCUAGUCUUG